AUGACGGCCACGGACAUUGAAAAGAAGAGCAAGAAGAAGAAGCUCAAGGCAGCAGGCGUCGAAGAUAGCACCAAGGAUCUCAUUGCACCGGAAAACCACACACCCGCUCUUGAUACGAGCAAGUGGCCGCUCCUGCUCAAGAACUACCACCAGCUCAAUGUCCGCACGGGUCAUUACACGCCCAUUCCAUGCAGUUCCAGUCCACUCAAGCGCAACAUUAACGACUACGUACGCUAUGGGGUGAUCAAUUUGGACAAGCCAGCCAAUCCGUCGUCGCACGAGGUUGUUGCCUGGAUCCGUCGCAUUUUGCGCGUGGACAAGACGGGGCACUCGGGGACCCUGGAUCCUAAGGUCACUGGCUGUCUCAUUGUGUGCGUGGACCGAGCGACGCGGCUUGUCAAGGCGCAACAAGGUGCUGGCAAAGAGUAUGUGGCGGUCGUACGUCUUCAUAGUGCGAUUGAGAGUCAGGCCAAGCUCGCCCGUGCGAUUGAGACGCUGACGGGAGCGCUGUUCCAACGUCCACCACUGAUCUCGGCCGUGAAGCGCCAGCUCCGGAUUCGCACGAUCUACUCGUCGAAACUAAUCGAGUACGAUGAAGACCGCCACUUGGGUAUUUUCCACGUGAGCUGUGAAGCAGGCACGUACAUUCGUACCUUGUGUGUGCACUUGGGACUCGUGCUUGGAGUGGGUGGCCACAUGCAGGAGCUGCGUCGUGUCCGCUCGGGGGUGUUGGGCGAGAACGACUCGUUGGUGACCAUGCACGAUGUCUUGGAUGCGCAAUACCAGUACGAUACGUACAAGGACGAGUCGUACUUGCGUCGCAUUGUGCGUCCGCUGGAAGUGCUGCUGACGACGUACAAACGCAUUGUGGUGAAGGAUAGUUCCGUCAACGCUAUUUGCUACGGUGCCAAGUUUAUGAUCCCCGGUCUCUUGCGGUUUGCAGAUGAUAUUGAUGUGGGUGAAGAGGUGGUGCUGAUGACGACGAAGGGAGAGGCUAUUGCUGUUGCAAUUGCUCAGAUGACUACUGCUGUGAUGGCCACUUGUGAUCAUGGCGUGGUUGCAAAGAUCAAGCGUGUCAUCAUGGAGCGUGACACGUACCCGCGUCGUUGGGGCUUGGGGCCGAUGGCUCAGAAGGUCAAAAGCUUGGUCAAGGAUGGCAAGAUUGGCAAAUAUGGCAAGGUGAACGAGAGCACUCCAGCGGACGUCUCGGAACUGUACAACAAGGACGAUGCAAAAAAGCCUCUGGUGACGGAGGUGACGAAGGAGAAGGAUGAGGAUGAGGUUUCGGAAAAAGAUGAGACCCCUAAGAAAAAAAAGGCCAAAAAGGAGAAGAAGGAGAAGAAGGAGAAGAAACACAAGAACAAGCGGGAUGCUGAGAACGCUGAUGUGACAGAGUCUGGUGAGUCUCCGGAGAAGAAGAAGUCGAAGAAAAAGUCGAAAAAGAAGUCGAAGGAGGCAAGCGACUCGGAAUAG